UGGCUGAACAAGGACCCCGUGGCCUUCAUGGCCGGCUUCCUGGGCUGGUUUGCGCCCUCCAACAUCGCCGUGCCCGCCUUUGGCAACCAGUCCCUGUUUGGAGCCUUCACCAAGUCCAUCGGCGAGGAGCUCGCGCACUUCCCCACCGGCCCCGCUCUGACCGACGACUUCUGGCUCCUGAUGGUGACCUGGCACAUGGGCCUCUUUGCGUGCCUCUUCUGGGGCCAGAUCGGCGUGCAGGCGCGCAAGCAG